GCAGCUGGGAUGCAGCGUGAGGAGCCAUCCCAUGGCGCUGGCUUCCAGCUCUGGAGAGACAGCCUGGCCCUCAACCGGUGUGGAGGGAGCACUGGGUGCUGUUGGACACCCACCGUGCUGCCAGGAGAGCUGGAUGCUGUGCCCAGCGCUUGAGGGGUGCCACAUGGUGAUCAUGGAUGAGCAGGGCAGACACGUGCCAGUGCCAGCCCCAGCUCCCACUCCCGGGCUCAAGGCUGCAUCCACCCACAGUGCCAAGAGGCCAGGAGCGGGGUGAGGGGCUCCCCGGUCAGUGUGGGCUCUGCAGGUCUCCCUGCUGGCAGCCCUGGAUGAGUGGACCAGAGGCUCUGGCUGCUCUCUCAUCCUGCAGGAAUUCAGCUCCAUGGGCUGGGUGGGUUUUGUGUGUGUGUCCCCCCUCCUUCCACUCUCCCUCUUUGGAGACUUUCUGCAUUCUGCCUUUGAUCUCCCCCUGCCGUGUUUGCCCAGCCGAUCACUGGGCUCGCCGGGGUUAGAGGCUGAGGUCAGCGCCUUUCCCAUUCCAAACACCCAGAAACAUCACUGGGAAGGGAGGGGAUUCAGAUUACAACCUUCCCGUCCUCCCCUUCCACCCCACUCGCCCCGCUGAGCCGCCGGGGAGCCAGGAUGGACUGAUACCCUCUCACUGAGGGAAGAAGGACCAGGAACACCGCUGCCACCGUGUCCCUGGCACCCGCAAGCUGAGCUGCAGCAAUGGAUGGAGGUGGCCGGCAGCAUCGCUGGUGGUCCAGCAGGCCCUGAAGAGCAGAGCGAGCCAGGCCGGCGGCGUGUGGUGGCCAAGAUGCUUCCAAGUGGGAAUCUGGUCCCAGUGGGCAUCGUGCUGCUCCUGCCCGUGCUGGUGGCAGGGCUGAGUCUGCAGCCAGCCAGGAUGCAGCACCCAGGGGUCUGCCCCAACCAGCUCAACCCCAACCUGUGGGUGGACGCGCAGAGCACAUGCGAGCGUGAGUGCCGGGAGGACCAGGACUGCAAAGAGUUUGAGAAGUGCUGCACCAACGUGUGCGGGCUGCGGAGCUGCGUGGCUGCCCGCUUUGCCGAUGGCAGCGCACCCGCGCCGGCACCUGCAGCCUCAUGUGAGAGCUUUGUGUGCGCGCAGCAGGGCUCCGACUGCGACAUCUGGGACGGGCAGCCUGUGUGCAAGUGCAAGGACCGCUGCGAGAAGGAGCCCAACUUCACCUGCGCCUCCGACGGCCUCACCUACUACAACAAGUGCUACAUGGAUGCCGAGGCGUGCCUGCGCGGCACCCGCCUCACCACCGUGCCCUGCAAGCACAUCUUCACCUGGCCCGACACCAGCCCUGUGCCGCAGGAGACGACAGCUAACCCCACGCCAGGCACCGGCCCUGAGGUGCCAGUGCCCCCUGCUCUCUACAGCAACCCCUUCCACCAGUCGGUGCGCGCCGGAGGCACUGUCAGCUUCCGCUGUGACGUGAGCGGGCGCCCGCGCCCUGACAUCACCUGGGAGAAGCAGAGCGAGAGGGAGGAGAACUUCAUCAUGCGGCCGGACCAGAUGUACGGCAACGUGGUGGUCACCAACAUCGGCCAGCUCGUCAUCUACAACGCCCGCCACGAGGACGCCGGCAUCUACACGUGUACGGCCCGCAACACUGCUGGGCUGCUCCGCGCCGACUUCCCACUGUCGGUGCUGAGGCGGGAGCCGGGGGCCAUGGCACCGGCCAGCAGCCCCCAGCCCUUCCCCAGCGCCGAGUGCCUGAAGGAGCCAGACCGGCGGCGCUGCGAGGCGCUGGAGGUGCGCUGGCACUUCGACGCCAAGCAGGGCUCCUGCCUCACCUUCCGCUACGGAGGCUGCGGGGCAAACAGGAACCAUUUCGAGACGUAUGAGGAGUGCCGGGCCGCCUGCCUGGGCAGUGCCCGCCCCACCUGCCUGCUGCCCGUGGUGCAGGGCCCCUGCCAGCACUGGGAGCCACGCUGGGCGUACAACCCCCUGCUGAAGCAGUGCCACUCCUUUGUGUACGGCGGCUGCGAGGGCAACACCAACAACUUCGAGAGCAAGGAGAGCUGCGAGGACACCUGCCCCUUCCCCAAGAGCCUGCAGUGCAAGGCCUGCCGCCUGAAGAGCAAGAUGGUGCUGAGCCUCUGCCGCAGCGACUUCGCCAUCGUGGGACGCCUGAUGGAGGUCGUGGAGGACCAGGACUCCGGUAUCGCGCGCUUCGCCCUCGAGGAUGUCCUCAAGGAUGAGAAGAUGGGCCUCAAGUUCUUCAACAUCAAGUACCUGGAGGUGACCUUGACCGACAUGGACUGGAGCUGCCCCUGCCCCAACAUGACGGCGGAGGACGGGCCGCUCAUCAUCAUGGGUGAGGUGCACGACGGCAUGGCCACGCUGGACCCCAGCAGCUACGUGCGGGCGGCCAACGACAAGCGGGUGAAGAAGAUCUACGAGCUGAUGGAGAAGAAAACCUGUGACCUCCUCAACCGCUUCCAGGACUAGGGCAGAGCCGGGACAUGCUGAUAUGGGGGCUGCAGACUCACUGUGGAGGGAGAGCCCCAAACCAGUGCUUGUAUCCUGGGGUUACCACCACCACAUAGCUCCCCACAACCCCAUGCUGAGCCCCAGCUCCCACCUCCCCUGUUAUUUAUCUGCCACAUGCCCCCCACGUACCCUCCAGCCCAGCCAGCAGCAAUAAAGGAGUGGGCUGGGCUGCA